AGAGCUUUGGGGCGGCUCAAAACGCGCUGUGGGAGCGAAGAUGAUGUGGUCGAAGCAAAAAUCGCCGCGCUUCGCUGCAGACAAGCCGGGAAAUCCGAUCGGCCCUGGCUAUUACGAUCUUCCAAGCCUCCUGGACGAGCACUCCGUCACCAUUGCUGCUUCCAGCGAGCGGUUUCAGGAGCAGAUGGCAGGGGACACGCCUGGACCUGGGAGUUAUGUGGCGCAGGCCCCAUCGCGGAAGUGCAAGGCAUGCAAGGACUGCAAGGAGAAUCGGCCUCCAUCCCGAGAGAAGGGCUCCAAACUCGGGCCCAAAGAGGUCAAUCAGGAAGAGUUGCAGCAAAGGCUGAGAGAGGAGGAACGUGGGCGCGCGCAGGCGGAGCAACGGGUGGCACAGCUGACUGCAUCCGCGCAGUCCGUAGCCGCAGAGUUUGCGGAGCUGCGUGGGCGACACUUCACCCUCAGUGAAGCACAGGAGGCCAGCCAGGCCACCAUCAAGGAUCUUCGGCAGUCCCUCGCCAACGCCGAAGAGAAGGUUCCCGAGCUCAAGCGGCAACUGGCUGAGGUGGAGGCGAACCAUCGCGCCUUGAAGAUCCAGCACGAGUGCGACGCCGCGAAGCUCGAAGAGGCGCAGGAGGCGUGGAAAGCCACAGCAGCUGAACAUCAGAGCGAAGUGGAUGUGCUCCGAGCAGAAGCUUCCCAGGUUCCUGAAUUGAAGAGGAAGCUGCAACAACUCCAGGAGGAACAUCAGCGCGAAGCUGAAAUCCUCCGAGCAGAGGUUCCAGAGCUCAAGAAGAAGAUUGAACAAAUCCAGGAGGAACACGAGCGCGAAGCCGAAGUCCUCCGGGCAGAGGCUUCCCAGGUUCCCGAGUUGAAGAAUCAGUUGGAACGAAUCCAGGAGGAACACCAGCGCGAAGCUGAAGUGCUUGGAACCGAGGCCUCCCAGGUACCAGAGCUCCAGAAGAAGAUCAUUGAGAUCCAGGCUGCAAGCUCUGCAGCGUCAGAAGAGCAUGAGCGGCAAGUUGAAGCUCUUCAAAAAGAAGCGUCUCAGGUUCCAGCUUUGAAGAAGGAAUUGGACGAGAUCAAGGCUGCUUGCAGUGUGGCCAUGGCUUCAGUGGAGGAGCGCGCACAGGAGGUGAAAGAGCUGGGAGAAAAGCUUGCUGCCGCUGAGGCGCAGGGUGUGCAGCAUUUGGAAGACUUGGCGGCUGCAAGGGCUGGCGGGGCCGAGGUGAAGCAACUGCAGGAAGAGUUGACAGCAGCCCGUGCUGAAGUUGCAGACUUGGUGACAGAGAAGGAGCAGAUGAAGAUCGACCUGGAGAAGCUGAGGUUCGCAGAGAUCAAUGCCAAUAUGUCCAAGAAUGCCAAGGAGCGGGCGGAAGCACAGCUCCGGGAGACGAAGCAAGACGUGGACCACUGGCGUUCCAAGGCUCAGAGCAUGAUCAGAGAGGAUGAGAAGAUCAAGCGCCAAGAGGAGGAUGUUGAUCGACUUGAGCGGGAAGUCAAGGAGCUGCAUGAGCAGAAUACUCAGCUCUUGACCACUUUCCAGCAGUUCAAGAGCGAAUGGGAGGUGAUGCGCGCCGAAAAUCAGAGUCUUCAGGAGACCUUGGCCAUGUCGGAGAUGAGCCUGGACCGUGCCAGUGAAGAGAAAGCGCAGAUCAUGGGUCAUGUGAACCCCAAGCAGAAGAUUCGGCACAUGGUGAAUUUGAAGGAGGAGAAUAAGGAGCUUCGGGAGCAGUUAAAGAAGGCCAAGAACCGAAUCACUCAGCUCGGAGUCUCUCGGAAGGGCGAAGGCUUGCUCGAAGCCCUGGCCUGCUUCUCCCAUGGUCGUGGCCUAGGUACUGACCAGCUGUCCAUCGCGAGCGCGUGCCCUGACACACCGGCACCAUGCUCUGUCCGAGGAGAGGCACGAACACCAAAGCGGCCCACCACGCCCACACGAAAGCCAUCGGCCUCGCGAGGCGGAGGCACACGCAGCAGCCAGCAGGAGGAAGAGUACCAGGCAUGGCUGGCCGAGGAAGAGCGACGUCGGCAGAUGCAGGAUCGUGCCGUGGAGCGCGUGCAGACCGACUUCCAACACUUCAUAGCGCUGAUCGAGAGGGCGGUCCUCUCGGGCGAGGCAGAGUCCCCGAACCCCGCAGCCCUGCUGGAGCGCCUCCGCUCGGUCGUCUGCCCCGGGGACGUGGCAGCGGACGGGUCCGCGGCGGGGCCCUGAGGCAGGCGCCGGAAGGCGCCUUCAUGCGCCAAAGUCUCUGAGAGCUUACAAGAAGCACCAAAUUCAUUUGCCAAUUUGCGCGCAAACCACCUUUCUGUGCGCAGCGCAAGGUUCUGCGCCACCCACCGCAUGGGUGGAGCGAACCUUUCUGUGAUCGGGAGAAAAGACAAGACAAAGCGAUCCGCCCCGAUGUCCUGAGGCGGGGACCAAGAUGGAUAUGAAGCAGGGGAUAGGAAGACAUCCUGGAGAGAAAAGUCCAAGAGGAGUCAUCCAAGUGGAACUGCCAGCACCUUUUUCCC